CACGCAUGAGAAAAUGAAAUGGCCUUUAAUCCUACCCAUGAGAUAAAAAUACCUGUCCAGUUUAUUGAUCAGACAGAUGUUCGUGGGCACUGUUUAGCCUACACAGAUGGCGCGAUUCCUGACGAUCGUCGCGCGUUCAUGUCGUCUGCUUGCGUUUUCUGUCGUUGCGACCUUCAUCGCAAUUAUAGGGAAACACAUCCCAGCAUUAGAUCGAAUAGUGAUGAGAAACCUUAGGGCAGUCUUAAUGGAUACCACCCUUAAAGAAGAGGACUGGAAAGAUUCCAUUUAUUCAUUUGCUCAGCUAAAGACAAUGACCAAAAAUAGCAUUUACGAUGUGUUUCGAGAUGCUGAACUGUAUCAUGACGCGCCAGAUGGUGACGUCAUCAAAGGGGACCUUUCGAAAUCUCGUCUGCUCGAAUUUCAGAAAAAAGAUCGACCGCUUAUUCUCAAUUUUGGAAGCUGUACAUGACCACCGUUCAUGGGAAAGCUUGAGCAAUUCAAGAAAUUGGUUGCUCGCUUUAGUAACGUGGCCGACUUUUUGAUUGUUUAUAUAGCUGAAGCACAUCCAAGCGAUGGAUGGGCGUUCAAAAAAAAUUUUGAUAUUCAUACGCAUAAGGGGAUUCAAGAUCGAAUGAAAGCGGUGGACAUACUGUUAAAACAUCAGCCAAACUGUCCAGUGGUGGUAGACGACAUCUCCAAUGAUAUGAACUACAAAUACGGAGCAAUGCCAGAGCGUCUUUAUAUUGUUUUGAAUGGUAAGAUAGUGUACCUGGGGGAAAGGGGACCCCGGGGAUACCACGUGGAGGAGGUAGAAGAGUGGCUGACCAUAAAUACGUCAUAGCUUGGGCGACUUUACGUGUGUGGAGAAGACGUUGAAUUAAAGUGUCUACAAUUCAUUUUAAAUUCGUAUAUAUCGCGUUGUCUUUGUCACAGGUCAACCAAUAAGUAUAUAUGUUCUAAAAGAAAACAAAACAAUGUCAUAAUGUGAGUGUGUAAUAUGAUAUAUUAUUCUAUUGUAUAAUCACAAAGGGCUAUUGUUUUCUUUUAGUAGCAAUUAGUUGAUAAAGAUUUAAUUAUAAGUGGUAUCAACACGUCAGCUUCUCUAAUCCUCCUCCGUGCACUCUUUGUUUCGGUAAAACUUUAAAAAUUUUCAAAAGCAAAAUACUUUUUCUAUCAAUAUUUGUGAACAUCAAUUUUCGCGGUUUUAGUGAAAAUCACAGUUCAACUUUCAAGGAUACGUACAUUUGUAUAUUGAGCCUAACAUGUUAUUAGAAAUUGCACUUCGGUGAACAUUUUGUUUCGUGGAUCAACUGAACAACGAAACCCACGAAAAUUGGUAUUCAACAGAUAUCGAUAAAGCAACAGAAGCCUUUAUCAUUACACUGAAUUUAUUUGUGUUGUGUUAUAAAUUUUGCUCCUUUUUGGGUAUAACGUAUUUGUAUAUAGGUAUACAUUACAAUUUUUGUGUAUAAUCAUUGGAGUCCUUUCCUGAUGUCUCGCCAUACCGUGUGAGUUCAUCAUCAAUGACAGCGUUUAUGAAGUCGUCCUCAAAAAUGUCCGAAAACGGGGACAGGCUGAUCGUCACAAGCUGUCAUCGAUGUGAACUUUCAUGAUAUGGGGUGUACAUCUUUAGUUCCUAAUGAAUUGAUUCCAAAUAGCAUUUUAGUUUCUUUUUUGUUAUACAUGAAGUACAUAAAAAAAUGUCAAGAUUUUUUAAAAUGAAUAUUUUAUGGUCAUAUUAUUUUUGUAUUAAUAAGUCUGAAAUGAAAAUCGCUUUACCUAUAACAUGAUACAUUGUAUUUUAAAAAAAAACAACCAGAAAUUGCAUCACAAUUACAAAUAAAAUCAAAGUACUGAAGAA